CCUUCAUCCACUUUUAAUCCCCCUUCACUGCUUUUUCAAAGAUUUCCUUACUCCUUCGGUCACUCUUCUUCUUACAACACAUAUUUUUCUUCUUUAUACCAACUCCAAACCGCUAUCGCGGGUACCCCGCCUCUACACGCCUGUCGCCUCAACACUUCUCAACGCAUACCGACAACAAUAGCAACAGCGACGACAACAAUAACGACAAAGGCGACUACGAAUACCGAGGCAGUAGCACCUGACACCCACAGCUCUGACAUUAGAGUACCUUCGAAUCAGCACAAAAGUGGAAUUGCCCAUUCAGGACUUAUUUCAACAAAAAGCAAUUGCACAGUUUUUUGUGUUACCGACAGGCGUCCAAAAAAUAACCACGCCCAGUCAUACAAGAAAAUGAGCAGACCCGAGCCCUCAGCAGAGGUAGGUUCUUUUGGUGGGUCGCCUCGCUCGCACCGGCAGAACGAGAACCCUCAGCAACAGCAGCAGCAGCAGCAGCACCAGAUGUACUUUGACGCACAGAUCGACUUGCCACUGACUCCAACAAUGGGCAACACCGCGCUAGAGUCGUUUGCAAUGGACUAUGGUGAGGUCGAGGCUUCGCCUGAGGUGUCAAUGUCACCGCGGACGUCAGCAGUAUCAGCAGUAUCAGCCGCAGCGGCAGCGCGAGUUAACCAGGCGUGUGCGAGCUGCCGGCGCAAAAAGGUGCGCUGUGACGGCGUGCAGCCAGCCUGUGGGAACUGCACCAGCCGUGGGAUGGGGUGCACUUACCUGGCACAAAAGAAGCGCGGCCGACCACCCAAGGUGACAAUUCAGCAGUCGACAAUGCCCUACUUUACGCCAUCAUCGGCCACACAAAGCCAGUUAAAGGAUCCGUACCUGUCGCCUGGCGUCGUUUUCUCGGGGAGUCAGCAGCAGCAGCAGCACUCGAUGCACGCGUACUUUGGCCAGUGGCAGUCGGGGCUGCCAGCAGUCAACCUCUCUGCCGGGAGCUCUGCGCCACAGGCCGGGUCCGCUGUGAAUGUGACUUUGGCGCCGCUCAAUUCUGGAAUCUCACAGGCUACGCCGACGGCCGACCACAGCCACUCGUUAUCCUCGCCGACAGCGGCCUUGCCGUUACAGGGAAUGCGCCCAGUCGGCAUGUACAGCUACUCUCAGCAGCCCCUACAGUCUGCCGGAACCUCCUCGUUUUUGGAUCUCGGGGUCAUUGACAAUACACAACGGGCGCUGUUCUCUGGAUAUGUGCGGUCGGCGGCGACAGAAACACACGGGAACGACUAUUUUGGCACAUUCCCGGUAUCGACGCGCGAGCCGGUCUCGAAUGUACUUUUGCAUGACCCGAUGCAGCAGCAGCAGCCUCCUCCGCAGCGGACCAGCAUGGACGAUGCGCGCAUGCACGCCAUGUCCUUCUCGAUGACACCAACAAUGGCUGCAGCACCACUGCUCUCUGUGCCAAACAACUAUGGCACCAGUGGGGUCUUGGGUCUUAGCCAACCUGACAUGACGACGACACCCGGUGUCGAAACAGACUACCAGGGCGUGCGCCAGGGUUUGUCGCCCAGACCGCCAAACUUGCUGUCCGCUGGCGCGCCUGCCGAUGGGCUGUUCUUCACAGAGUUUGUGCAGCAUUUUAUGCCGCUGACUGUGCCGCCACCGGUGCCGCCGCUGUUGCAACAGUACCAGAGUCAGAACCAACAAAUUCCCAGCAACGUGCAGAACGAUAGCCAGGAUGAUGUUUCUCAGGGCGCGAACCACAGGCAGCGCCAGGCACAAUUCCAGAGUCAGUUUCAGCAGGGCUCAAACCAGCCACAACGCCAAGGCCAGAGCCAGUCGGCAGCAGCACCCCCGGCCACCAGCGGCGGCAACUCCGGGCGGCUGCCGCUGGCUACAGAGAAGGACGCGCUGUCUUUUACGCUCGGCAACGUUGCCAUUGCGAUGACCAAACAUGACUCUGACUCUGCCAGCGUGCAAAGCUCAUUGGAUCACCUGUCGUAUGUAACCAAGAGCAUUUCGUAUGCGAGCCAGGAAGCACUGGAGCAUGCCAGGGAGGCUGCUGCCGAGGCCGUGGCAUCAAUAGAUUCGAACCAAGGUGAUAUUUCCGCGGACAGCAACAGCAACAGAAAUGGUAUAAACGGCAGUAAUGGCAGCAACAGUAUCAGCGAUGGUACACUGAAUGGGUCUUUUAUCCAUGAGACCCUAUUGCGCAUCGAGCGUUGCGUCGAGCUUGCAGACAAAGCUGUGCACAACUAUUUUAGCUACAUCCACCCGCAAUGCCCAAUAAUCCACAAGCCGACGUUUCUGCGGCAGAUCUCCGAUGGCUCUAUCAACCACUUUGUAUGGUUUGCGCUGCGCGCACUGGCAGCGCGCACAUUGCUGCAUACACACGUGCUUUCAGAGUCCGAAGUGCUGAUCGAGGAGGAGUACUUUGCGAGCAAAGCGCAUAUGACCUUGUCUUCUGCAUUGAACCGGCCGAGCGCCGAGGUUGUGCAGGGGCUGGCGCUGCUGUCGUUGUAUAUUUUCGGUACGCCGCGGUGGCAGGAAGCAUCCAUGUAUUGGUGCAAGGCGACGCGGCUAGCACAACUAAUGGAGUACCACGUUAUUGACGCGCCGUCCCGUACUAUCGCCACUAAAAUGCAUUUUGGUAUUUUUGAGCCGACCAAGUGCGGGACCACCCAUCGUGAUGACCUGGCGCUGAUUCCAGGUGACUUUUCGGGCCAGCACAUGCCCCUGGCUCAGGCACUGAGCCCCCUGGAGGCCGAGCUGCGGCGCCGGUUAUGGUGGACCUUAUUCACGAAUGAGCGGUUUUGCUCGAUUGCCGAGCGGCUGCCGACGAUGGUCAAUGAGGCGCGGAUGUUUGUCCACUUCCCAUGCAGUGCCCGCGACUGGGACCAGCCCGAGUUCACGUACCAGGCACCGGCGCGCGUGCCGCGGUAUCUACGCGAGGGAUACACGCGGGCGGAGCUCGGCGACGAUCUGAAUAAGCUGUCGCUGGGCCAGGAGAUGGUAGCGCGGAAGGCGGACAACCUAUACUUGAUGUGCGAAAUCGAGUAUGGAUUCUCGAUGAGCCAUCUGGUGGCGUUUUUGGCAGACAUGGGGAGCUUGUUUCGUCCGCGGUCGCCCUACGGCAACGACUACAUACCAAUGUUCAUGCAGAUCUCAUGGCCGCAUAAAAUGAAGACACUGCAGGCAAACGUCGAGCGUGUCGAGCGCAUUUUCGAAAUGGUGCGCCAGAAUAUCCUGCAGCGCCUGGCUGCCGCCCCGCCGCAGAACCCGGCUGCCGCUGCCGCUACCAAUGACACUACCAACACAGCGAAUGGACGGCGGGCGCCCUCCUCCCCUCUACACACAACAAAAGCGGGCAUUAAUUCCGAGUCCGCGGCGUCGCCACAAAAACUCAAGCACAGCACUGAUCCAGUCUUGGACCGCGAAGCCUAUGUGCCCGGAAUCGAGAUCCCGCAUUUGCACCAGCUCAACAUGCUGGUACUCUACUCCGUGCUAAACAUCCACCUGUACCGCAUGGUUUUCCAGAUCCAUUAUGAGUUUUCCAGCUCCCUGUCGGAGCCAGAUAAGCGGCGACAGGAGGACAAUCAGCUGCUUGCGGCUUUUGAUCAAUAUGUUAAGGAAUUGUGGCUGCGCACGACGACAGCGGCGCAGCAGGUGUCUAGGAUCUUGCGUGGCGAGUUUCCUGGUGUGCCGCACUGGGUAUUGACGCUUGCUGGGAUCAAAAGAGUCGCAGACUGCUCGCAGCAGCAGCAGCAGGCGCAUUCGGGAAUAGGCAGCUUGUCGACGACAGGUCCCAAUCCUCUGAUCCGCGAGCACCGGCCUCUGGCUGACAGCAAUACUUUGCCAGAGAGGUCCUCGUCCUUGUCCUCGCCUUCGAAUAUGAUGGAUGUGGAUGGUGGUGCCGAUAGUGAUCCCGCGCGGGGGGAGGAGAGUGGUGGGAAGAAUAGUGGUGGUGGCAAUGGCAAUGGGGCGGAGCGGCCAACACAGCAGCAGCAGGCAGCAAGACGCCUGCGCAAUGUAUUUCAGGAGCGGAUCAAGGCGCAAGAGGCCAAGUUUCAUGGAGUCACAUUGUCGGUGUUCUCAUCGUUCCGGCGCACAUUGCCGUACGCGCUCAUCAUGGCGGCCAAGGUGCAUGUGGACAACAUUGAGUGGUGGACUGAUGAGCGGCAGGACGACAAUAUGGCGCGGGCGUAUCUUGAUCUGGCGGAUAUUGUGCGGUUCUUGGAGACGCACCAGACCGCGUUCUCCAGCACCGACUAUGUGUCCUUGGUUAAGGGCAUGAUGCGCGUGGUAGACAGUUAAAAGCCAAAAUACAAAAAUAACAUGCAAAACAUUGAUAGAAUAAA